AUGGCAGAACCAGGCGCAGCGGAAAGAAUCGAUGCUGCAAUUGCAGAAUUCUUCUCGUCAUGGAAUAUUUUCACCACACUUCUUGUCCUACUGCUGGCUGCUCUGCUAGCCUAUCCGCUGCUGACAAGCAAGGACCCGGAUACACAUCCAUUUCUUCUCGCAAGACAAUCACAAAUGGCACCUAUCCGUCAACCUGGUGAGUCGGCUGUCUACCGUGCAAUUGACAUUCCGCACGGCUAUCCACUUCGGGCUGGACUUGGUGUCAAGGAUGCCGGGACGCCAAGAUGGAGUGCUGGCAGACCUGGAGAUCUUCGCGAUAUCUGGAGACAGGCUGUACGAGGAGCAGUGAAGGAAGACGGCACUCCAACUGGAGAGAAAGGCAAGAUUCAGACCAUCCUGGGAAGGGAAAAAAUCGUCGACCACAGCCUUGAUGAUCUCACUUUGGGCAUUAAUGUGGUGGGGCAAUAUGUGAAGCGAAAUAAUGGGCAGUCUGUUGCCGUCUCGCUCUCAAACUCCCCGGAAUUGUUGUCUUCAAUCUUUGCUGGGUCAUUCUACGGGUUUUCUACGGUGCUAUUGCCUUACGGUGUCUCACCAGACAAACUUGGUCCACUACUAGCCCACACAUCUGUUGAUCAUUUGAUCGCUGAGGCUGGCUCUGUUGAUCUCAAUGUUGUCUUGAACGCGAACAAGAACAUCAAAAACAUCAUCUGGGUCACCAAGGCUGGAAGUCAACACCUUGACUGGUCUACUGGUGCCCCCACCACAUUCAACGUUACUUCAUGGCAGGAGCUGAUUGACAACAAUCGACGCUCGACCAAUUCGGAAGUUUUGCCUCUCGACAAAGACUCUCAGGUACCACCAGUAUCAAUUUUCACACCCACGCCGAGUGGCACGUAUGAUGUAGUGAAGUACGCUUCGGAGAACUUAAUCUCUGCCAUUGCUGCAACCCAAGCGACACUACCACGGACCUACAAACUAUCUGCAUCUGACACUGUUCUUCCGACGACCCCCCUUACCGACAGCUACACUUUGUCGUGGGUAUUCGCUGCGUUAUAUUCCCACUCAACCCUUGCACUCAACUCGGUGGCCGGCGAGAAGAUCAAACUCGACGUUGCCGUCUCCAUCGCCAAGCCCACCGUACUCAUCGCGUCGCCCCAGGCCGUGGCAUCGUAUCUGUCUGAUCCACGCACCGUCAAGCCCUCUGGCAUCUCGAAGUUCAACGACACGCGCAAUCUCCAAGCUGGCAACCUCCCAAGCAAGAAACGCACCAUCCCCAACCUCCCCUCUCUGUCCGCGUUGCGUGUCCUCCUGAUUCCCCAAGCCUUCAAUUCGAGCACCCGCCCAAGCCCAACACUCACUUCAGCGGAUCUCCAUGCUCUGCGUCUCGUCCUGGGCGCACGCAUAGGCUACGCACUCACCACGCCUCUCGUUGCCGGGGCUGUAGCCCAAACCAAUAUCCUCGACUACAGGGACAAGGGCCACAAUGUGGUCUGCUACGGCGCACCGCUAAGCUCCGUGGAAGUCAAUCUGGAAGGCGAUGAGGAGGUCGUGGGCGGCAGCACGCCCCAAGGCAAGCUUAGUGUCAAGGGUCCCGCUGUGGUUGGUGGUGGUAAGGUUACUUUGGACCUUGUGGUGCAGAUCGAUAAGGAUCAUACAGUGAUUCUGCCGUGA